AUGGCAGAAUCGGGAUUUCGCUUCUCAAUGAUCAAUCGCCCUGGUCUCAUCGCCCAUGAAUGCGAUUGGCUCUGGAACCAGUCAAGGGAACUAGGUUUCAGUUCACCAGUGCUUCGAGAGGUGUCUCAUUUUGUUCUCCACAACUGGCGUCAGGAAAGGUGCAAUCAUCAGUCGUUUCAAGCGGAUUUUUACCUGUCAGAGGAAAUCGGCUGGAAACCACUCCUUUUGGAGCUGCACUCACAACACAAAUUGCUUUGGAUUGCAAUCACCAUCAGUCAUGCAUUGUGCUUCCGCCACAAGAAUGGAGCCGUGCUAAUGCUUAUAGCCACUCACGAUAUCAACAAACUGACGGCAUCUCCAGAAAUUCCUGUUAUGCGUCAGCGCCCUCUGACAAUGCGGAGGGAUUUGAUUCAAACCAGGAAGCGCCGUUGCGCUAAAAAACAUCUCAGCAGUAGUAAUCACCUCCAGCAACAACAACAACAACAAUGGCAUGAACCUAGGUUGGAGUCGAUAGAUGGCCAAGCGCAUUCAAGCAUCAUCAAACGCCAGUAUCUAGCAGCAUCAAAUCCGUAUGCAUAUUUCCCGUCACGUACUGUCAAAACCGAGCCCUACGUUAUGCCUGGUAAACUGCUAUAG